CUGAGAGGGAAAAUGGAGCUGCAAGCAGUUCAGCUGGACCGAGAAACUUUCUCCUGUCCGAUCUGUUUGGAUCUACUGAUGGAACCAGUGGCUAUUCCUUGUGGACACAGCUACUGUAUGAACUGUAUUAAAGAUCACUGGGAUAAACAGGAUCAGGAAGGAGUUCACAGUUGUCCAGAAUGCAGGAAAAUCUUCACACCAAGGCCUGUCCUGGAGAAAAACACCAUGCUAGCAGCUUUAGUGGAGCAGCUGAAGAAGACUGGACUCCAAGCUGCUCCUGCUGAUCACUGCUAUGCUGGACCUGAAGAUGUGGCCUGUGAUUUCUGCACUGGGAGGAAACUGAAAGCCAUCAAGUCCUGUUUAGUCUGUCUGGCCUCUUAUUGUGAGAAACACCUUCAGCCUCAUUAUGAUUCAGCUACAUUUAAGAAACACAAGCUGGUGGAACCGAACAAGAACCUGCAGGAGAACAUCUGCUCUGUGGAUGAACAUCAAGGCCACGACACAGUGUCAGCUGCAGCAGAAAGGACUGAGAGGCAGAGAAAGCUGGAGGAGACGAGGAAAGAUCCAGCAGAAUCCAGGACAGAGAGAAAGAUGUGA